AUGGCCGCCCCUGCCACAUCCGUCAGUGAGCUCGUCAAGAAGCAGCCCGAGGGCCUGGACCUCUACUCCCGCUUCGCCCUGGCUGGAGCUCUCGGCUGCUCGGUCACCCACGGCGCCUUCACACCCGUCGAUGUGAUCAAGACCAGGAUACAACUCGACCCUGCGACGUACAACCGUGGCAUGAUCGGCGGUUUCCGCCAGGUCAUCAAGAAUGAGGGAGUCAGCGCGUUGGCCACUGGAUUCGGUCCCACGUUCACUGGAUACUUCGUCCAGGGCGCCUUCAAGUUUGGUGGUUACGAGUUCUUCAAGAAGCAGGCCAUCGAUGUGAUUGGCCUCGAGAAGGCCCGCGAGAACCGUACCGCCGUCUACUCCGUGUCGGCUGCUUCGGCUGAGUUCUUCGCUUCCAUCGCCCUCUGCCCCCUGGAGGCCACUCGUAUCCGUCUCGUCUCUACUCCCGGCUACGGAAAGGGUCUGAUUGAUGGUUUCACCAAGAUCCUCACUACCGAGGGUAUUGGCGCCUUCUACGCCGGCUUCGGACCCAUCUUGUUCAAGCAGGUUCCCUACACCGUUACCAAGUUCGUCGCUUUCGAGAAGGUUUCCGAGGCCAUCCUCGGCCAAUUCGACAAGUCCAAGCUCUCCGGUGGUGCCUUGACUGGUAUUAACCUGGGCUCUGGUCUGAUGGCUGGUUUCGCUGCCGCCAUUGUUUCGCAGCCCGCCGACACCAUGCUUUCCAAGAUCAACAAGACCAAGGGACUCCCCGGUGAGAGCACCAUCUCCCGUCUCGUCAAGAUUGCUGGCGAGCUCGGUCUGCGUGGUUCCUUUGCCGGUCUCCCCACCCGUCUCUUCAUGGUCGGUGGAUUGACUGCCGGUCAAUUCGCCAUCUACGGUGAUAUCAAGAAGGCUCUCGGUGCUACGAACGGUGUAGAGAUCUCCAAAUAG